AUGCCUCCGCCACAUAGAAACCACAAUUUCCGGCCGGAAAAUGUCCUCAAGAGGGCAGAAGACUUGAUCGCCGUCGACAAGCGCGAGGCUGCUUUGGAAACCUUGUACGAAUUUAUCACUUCCAAGAGAAUUCGUUACCUUCAAGUUGAGGAUCUUGAGCCCAUUGCCUUACUUCUUAUGGAGCUUGCCGUUGAUUUGAGAAAGGGAAAGCUUGCCAAGGAUGCGUUGCACCAGUACAAGAAGAACGUUCAAAUGUCAGAAAACGGAUUGGAGUCUGUUCAAGUUGUCGUUAAACGGUUUGUUGAUUUGGCUGAAAAAAAAUUGAACGACGCUCAGGCAAAGGCUGAUAUUAAAAUUGACCAAGACGAGGACGAGGAUCUCGAAACCUCGCAAACCCCUGAAAGUAUCUUGAUGUCUGCUGUGUCCAACACCGAUACGGCCGAUAGAACCGAAAGAGAAUUGGUGACUCCAUGGUUGAGAUUUUUGUGGGAAGCUUUCCGUGCUGUUUUGGAUAUUUUACGAAACAACUCCAAAACCGAGGUCACGUACUCCACCAUCGUCAACCAGGCGUUCCAGUUUUGUUUCCGUUUCAACCGUAAAGCGGAGUUUAGAAGAUUGUGUGAGUUGUUGAGAGCACACAUCCAAACCGUCACCACCCAGCCCAAGACCGCCGGCACCACCAAUGCCAUCGACUUGUCGGACUCGGAGACCAUCCAGCGGUACCUCGACCAGAGAUUUUCGCAAUUGAACAUCUCGGUCAAAUUGGAAUUAUGGCAGGAAUCUUUCAGAUCGGUGGACGAUGUUCACACUUUGAUCACCGCUUCUAAGAAAACACCCAAGCCAGUCAUGAUGGCCAACUACUACGAGAACUUGGCAAGAAUCUUCGCCGUGAGCGACAACGGGCUUUUCCACGCCGCUGCCUGGAACAAGUUUUUCAAUUUGUACUCGCAGUCUCCCAACGCUACCGACGACGAAUUGAGCCAUUACGCUUCUAUUCUCGUCCUUUCCACCUUGUCGAUUCCCCAGCGCAGUCUGAACAGCAACGAGACGGUGGUGGACGACCAUCGGGCCAAAAACGCCAAGUUGUCGUCGCUUCUUAAUUUGAGCCAUGUACCUACUCGCGACAGUUUGUUGAAGCUGAUUGUCAGUCGUCAAAUUCUCAGUUUUGUGGAUCCUUGUGUCAAGAAAUUGUUCGAUGUUUUGGGCGAAAACAACUUCCAUCCUUUGACCAUCAAGAAGGAAAUUGCUGCUUUGUUCAAGGAAAUCGAAGCAGACAAGGAUUACAAGCAUUACAUCAAAACCUUGACUGAGGUUGUCCUGGUGCGCAUUUUCCAGCAAGUUUCCCAGGUUUAUGAAACUGUCAAGUUGGACUUUUUGGUAUCCUUGGGUAUCUUUGAAGGCACCGAGUACACAUUGUCAGCUUUGGAAGUGGAAAAUUUGAUUGCUAUAGCCACGAAAGAGGGUCAUUUAGCUUUGACAAUUGACCAUGAGUCGGGUGUGGUGACGUUCAAAUCCAGUCCAUUUGAAGAUUCUUUGAGCGAUUCCUUGACCAGUAGAUUGCAAAUCUCGCCAGCUGAAUUGGUCAGAUCGCAAUUGCAAAAAUUCGCCUACACUUUGUCCAAGACCGUCGACACCAUUGAUCCCGAAAAUGCUCGUCGUCUUGAAGCCAGUCGUGAAGCCGCCGUGAAACGUGCUGUGGCUGGAAUCUCGGAAGAGCAGGAAGAAAUUGCCAACAGAGUGAAGGUUAUGGAUGAGAGAAAGCGUGUGAUCGAUGUGGCCAAGCGGAAGCAAGACGAAGAAGCCGCCAGGUUGAAGCUGGAACGGUUGAGCGCCGAACAAAAGGCCGAGCAGGAGAGAAUGCUUGCAGAGCAGGAAAGAAGAAGUUUGGAGAAAUUGGAGAGAGAAAAGCACUUGAUCAGAGAGCGGGAAAAGAGAAAGAUUGCCGAGGAAAUCAACGCCAAGGGAAUCAUCAAAAUUGACUUGGACAACUUGGAAAACCUUGAUACCGACAAGUUGAGAAUCAUGCAAAUUGAGCAAUUGAACAAAGACAAGAAGAACUUGGAAGAAAAGUUGCGUGCGUUGAGCAAGAAAACCGACCAUACCGAGCGUGCUUUCCGCAGAUACGAGCUCCAGUACUUGGAGAAGGAUGCCGAAGCCCAGAUUGAACAGGAAGCCAAAAACUACGAACUUGUCAAGGCCAAUAAAAUAGCCAAGGCCAAGAAGGAUUUCGAAGAAGCCCACGCUUUGAAGGAGCGGUUCACUCGUCUUGUUCCAGAUUAUUCUGAGUUUAAGAGUGAGAUCAAUGCGAAGAACAAAGAUAAGCUCAAGCAAUUGCAAGCGGAAGCGAAGGCACAACUUGAAAGAGCAAAGCAAGAGAGAAUUGAACAAAUCAAGAGAGAACGUAUUGAAGAACUUGCCCAGAGAAAGAGAGAGCAAAUUCAAGCCGAACAGGAAGAGGCUCGUCGCAGACAGAAAGAAGAGGAAUUGGCCAAAUUGAAGGAGGAAAUUCGUCUCCAAAGAGAAAAAGAUGCCGAAAUGUUGAAGAGACGUCAAAACGUCGAGGCCGAAGUAGCAUCGAGAAAGGCUGCGAUUACCCCAGCCGCUCCAGCAGAGGCCAAGCCCAUGACCUAUGCCGAGAAGUUGAAGUUGAAGAGACAGCAAGCGGGAAGGUCUUAG